AUGGAGUACAUGGGAAGCAAUAUAACAUACAACAAAGACAUAUACAGUGAGUUUAAGUACUACUGUGAACAGCAUGAGAUUGAAGUAAUGAGUAAAGGAGACUUUGAAACGCUUAUGAAAGACAGUGAGGAGGUCGUUCAUGAGAACAGUGAUGAAAUAGUUCAUGAGAACAGUGAGGAGGUCAUACAUGAGAACAGUGAUGAAAUAGUUCAUGAGAACAGUGAGGAGGUCAUACAUGAGAACAGUGAUGAAAUAGUUCAUGAGAACAGUGAGGAGGUCAUACAUGAGAACAGUGAUGAAAUAGUUCAUGAUGUCGUUCGUGAAGAAGCCAUUGCAACAAAGAAUGAGAUAAAGGAUUUCAUAGAACUUAACAAGGAGGAGUUUAAAGAAGGCUAUGAAGUGAAAAGAUGUGAAGAAGAUUUCUUGGCGUAUUUGAAGAAAAAGAGACUAAAGCCGAUGGCUCAAAAUAAGUUUCAAUCGAUGUUUGAAAAGAAACGUUUGAGCUAUGGUGGUGUAAGAAGCACAUAUUACUUUGUUAAGAAGUGA